UUUUAAUACUCGGAACUAAUGCGUUUAUAUCUCCAUCAGAGAUUGUACUGCUUGUGAUAAUGAGGCAUAUGUUGUAAACAAACAUUCUGCCAUAUGGGUGUAUUGCAAUGGAACGUUUAAUCGACUUUUCAGGUUCCUGUGGCUCUCGACCUAGUAUACGCAUCGUUGGUGGCACAGAAGCGGCCAUAAACAGCUGGCCAUGGCAAGUGAUGUUGUUGACCAGUUCCGACAGGCAAUUCUGUGGAGGUUCACUGAUUGAUCCAUCCUGGGUUUUGACAGCAGCACACUGUGUCAAAAGUUCAUCACCUUCAAGGCUUAAAGUGAGAUUGGGAGCUCAUUACAGAGAAAGUGGCUCUGUCGGUACAGAGCAGGACAUUAACGUGGCACAAAUCAUUUCGCAUGAAAACUACCAAACGCCAAUGACCUUCAGCAACGAUAUAGCUCUGCUCAAGCUUUCCAAACCUGCCUCUCUCGGCCGGGGUGUUGGGCUGGUCUGUUUGUCAAACCCAAGUAACACUCUUCCAAUCGAUAACCCAAACAAGAAGUGCUAUAUAACAGGAUGGGGAACUUUGUCAUCUGGUGGCAGUCAACCCAAUGUACUUAUGCAAGCAACUGUGCCGUUGGUGUCAAAAUCACGCUGCUUAAAAGCCUAUCCGAACAAAAUAGAUGACACUAUGUUGUGUGCAGGUCUAGACCAAGGGGGAAUUGAUGCUUGCCAGGGCGACAGUGGCGGACCACUGGUCUGUGAGUUUAAAGGAAAAUGGUUUCUAGAGGGAGCCACUAGUUGGGGGUAUGGAUGUGCUAGACCAAAUAAGUACGGUGUCUACGCCAGCGUUAAAUUUCUGAGGACUUGGGUGCUUAGCAAAACAGGUUCUAUCAUACCACCCUCGCCAUCUCCACCAGCGACCACACCACCACGGAGCCCACCACCACUGACCCCACCGCUACCAGGUUAGCUAUUACUGUUAUUAUUUCUUAUUUAAUCAAUUGGAAGCCUAUCAACCUACUGAUUAUUUUAAGGCAAUAUCGCUUAGUUGAUCAAUAUAUAUUUCUGCGAUUAUCUUCAGUUCUUACUUACUGGCUAGUUUUGCCCUUCCUAAGUCUCAAUUUUCAAGCGAUGAAGGAAGAACAACUGUUUACAGAAAUGUGCGGAAAAUGCACAACAACCAAAUACAGAAAAAUGUAAGAAUAAGUAGCUUCGGUUUGAAGAAAAAUAAAU